CAAGAAUAUAAGCUAUAAAGACAUGCAAGUCUCCAGCCUCAAGGGCCUAGUCUAACCGACAAUGUCUCAUAAUCCCAAUAACCCGACACCCACAGCAACCACCACGGCCCUUCACCCACUCCACGGCCAAAUAUCAUCCCAACUCGCAUCUCGCCACUCGUUAGUUGUAUCGCCGAACUGGCUCACCAAUUUCCUAUCUUCACGAGGAGCGAAUCUCCCUCCACUACCGGCUUUAGUGUCAACCGCACACUUUCGAAUCCUCGCAAGCGACAUCACCACGUCACUUUCGCCCGCUGGAGGUCAAGAGGUACUUCCUCGAGCGGUCGACGAUGUCAAUGUCAAGGAAUUGCGUCUUCAGGCAUCUGUACUAGUACAGGUCCUCGAUGUGGUGGAUGUCGGUAGCAGUAAGUGGAGUCAAGUCGAGGCGAUUGAGCGAGUCGAACGUGGUGAGGAGAUCAGGGGGAGGGAGGUCAUUAGGACUGUUGGCGGUAUGACUGACGAUGAUGAUACCACCACCACUACAAAUUCAGCAAAUACCCCCACUGGAGCUCAAUUGCAAAGCGCCUCGAAACUCAGCGCCGGUCCACAUAAACUCGUCCUACAAGACGCAAAGGGCGUGAGGGUCAUGGCCUUUGAACUCGUCAAGAUCCCCAAAAUCGGCUUGUCGACUGCGGCAUCAGCUUCGUUGCCCACCGCUACCGUUCAGCCUCAGCGACAAAAUAACUCUCUGCAGAUUAACGGCGAGGAUCCGGGCACGUUUAUCGGGGUCAAAUUGCUCUUGAGUCCUGGCACGCUGGUUCGUCGGGGGAUGGUUAUGCUGACGCCUGACACCUGUGUUGUCCUGGGUGGUAAGGUUGAUGCUUGGGACAAGAAAUGGAAGGCCGACAGAAAGGCAACACUGACGGCCUUGGUAGCAGAGGCGGCUGCCGGGUGAGGAUAAUGAAACACUCACAGUACGACACGAUCCUCGUGCAAAAGUAGUCAAAGGGCAUUGUUGACCUCUUCUGUCUCUAUCAACUAUCCUGGACCACACUUCAACUACUCUGGUGUUACAUUUCGGCAUGUUAAGCUCGAUCUAUCAGGCUACCCAACAUUGACGCUCGUCUACUGAUCGAGUCGCCUUCCUUGAUCGUCGUCACCCUUCAGCUGCAAGUUCCAAUCGCCAUGGCGCUAUCAUUCUUGCCUUCAAAUGAUCCUCAUGCCGACCCGAACUUUCGUAAGCUCGGCUUAAGUCAUCAGCAGCAAGCCUGCCUCUGGGAGGAAUUUGUUUCUCGGCGUUCAAGAUGGCCAUUUCCGCAGCAUAGCCUUCAGCAUUCCGACCCUUGGUCGCCUGUGACAGCUCGAGCCAUCCCUGCGGCUGUCCUGGUGCCAACAUGAUCCCACUCAAUGCAUCAGCAAGCAGACCCAUAUUGUCUCUGGAUGCUGGAUUGUUCUCCUUGCACGCUACAAUUCCGG